AGUACGGGCAGGCAGGCCCCAGGCACUGCCAGAGAGAGGGAGGGCUACGUACACUUCCUUCCCACCCUUUUCUUGGAGAUCGUCAUCACCACACUAACUACUGGUACUACUACUCUUCUGUGGACCACCACUUCCUACUCUCCCUCUUCCUUCAGCUUACCUUCCUGGCUUGACUUUUAAGUCUUCCUUUCCUUUACCAGAUUCUUUCCAUACCCCUCGCAAUAUGCGCUGAAGAUUCUCCUCCACUCUUUCUUGCUUUCUUUGAUCAAUUCUCACCCACUCCGCCUAUCUGAUUGCUCUCUAUCCCUACGGGGUAAACUUGAAUGAUGGCUGCCUCCGUCCUGCCGUUCCGCGACAUCAACUUGCACGCUUCAUCCUCUCAUUAUGCCUUUACUUCUCCUUCGUCACCCAAUGCUCCAACUCUUGUCGUCGAACGUCCGACCGGUGACUUGCGUCUCGCAAAUGGCGGCCUUCCAGGUGCGAAGCGCAUCUCCAGUAUUGCUGGUAUACUGGGCAUCAUCAAAUUGAAACUUGAUAAAUACAUCAUCGUCAUCACUAAGGCUCAGCCCAUGGGGCGCCUACGUGGCCACAUGGUAUACAAAGUCGCUGCGACCGAAUUCCUCCCUCUGCGCGAACGCCCUCUGCACGAUUCCGACGAGGACACUUAUCUGGGCCUGUUGAAGGAGCAUCUUCGCACUGGUCCCAUGUAUUUCUCCUACGCUCUGGACAUCACCAACAGCUUCCAGCGCCAGUCACAGAGUGAUCUUAGCCUACCUAUGUGGAAGCGAGCGGAUGACCGUUUCUUCUGGAAUCGCUUCCUGCAAUCCGAUCUGAUCGACUUCAGCCUGGGAGAGCAUGACACGACUGGUGUACGGUUGGGCCCGCAACCCAGCGUGGAUCCGUAUAUCCUGCCGGUCAUGUUCGGAAUGUUACGCAUCACUCCGGCGAAGGUGAAGUCGACAUCUUUCACAUUCGCCCUUAUUACGCGAAGAUCCAGAUACCGUGGGGGCACAAGGUACUUCUCACGUGGUAUCGAUGAUCAAGGCCAUGUCUCGAACUACAAUGAGACGGAGCAAAUCGUCAUCCUGAAUGACGCAACUGGUGGUCUUUCCGGUUUCGCUGGAGGCCAGUCCCUAGCCAAGGAGAAGCUGGGUGGCUCUGGUCAAGACCUCCAGGUCAUGGCAUUUGUGCAAACGAGAGGCAGCGUCCCCGUGUAUUGGGCCGAAGUUAACAAUCUCAAGUAUACACCGAAACUCCAGGUUCGGGGGGUAGAAACUGCUGUUGAUGCUGCCCGCAAACACUUUUCCGAACAGAUCCGGCUGUAUGGCGAGAACUACCUGGUCAACUUGGUAAACCACAAGGGGCGGGAAGAACGGGUUAAGAAUGCCUAUGAGCAGUUGGUCCGUAUUCUGUUGUCAUCUUCCACUGAAGACACCGAAGCAGAUGAUGCGACAUCCGAAAAGGUACAUGCUGUUGAGCCCGGUUCCAGACAGAACGAAAUGGACAGGUUGCACUACAUCUAUUUUGAUUUCCACAACGAGACUAAGGGACUCAAGUGGCAUCGUGCUGAACUGCUACUGGACCGUUUGAUGGACGGGCUCACUCGGGGCGGCUAUUUCCGCGGAGUCGAAGACCCUGGUGUCCCUGGUGGACAGUUAGACAUUCGCUCUGCGCAGACCAGCGUCGUCCGAACCAAUUGCAUGGAUUGUCUAGACCGCACGAAUGUGGUGCAGAGUAUGUUGGGACGUUGGGCCAUUACCCGCCAGCUCAUCGAUGCUGGUGUUUUGCGCCCAGGCGAGGCUGCAAAUGACGAUCGGGACUUCGAGAACCUGUUUCGCAACAUUUGGGCGGACAAUGCCGACGUGGUCUCGAAAUCCUACUCCGGCACCGGCGCACUCAAAACCGACUUUACUCGCACGGGAGAGCGCACUCGCGCAGGCAUGUUGCAGGAUCUGAACAACUCCAUCACACGCUAUGUGCGAAACAACUUCCUGGACGGUCCACGCCAAGAUGGCUUCGAUGUGUUCCUGGGUGCAUACCUCCCUCCUGAUUCCACACUCGGUAGCCUCCAGCUCUUCGUUGAUCGCCGACCGUUGAUAAUCCAGUCAAUCCCAUACAUCUUCGCCGCCGGAGUGUUUAUGAUCAUGGUGUCAACAUUCACAAGACGCUUGCCCGACUCUGCCGUGUGGCCACUGCGCUUGUUUGUCAUCUUCUGGCUUGCCGUCAGCGCCUGGUGUGCUCGGUUUAUUCUCGCUCAUGGAAUGCUCUAUGUCAAUUGGCCAAAGUUGAAUACACCUGCAGCUGGCUCUGAAGGGUAUCAAGAUGCACUCAUCAAGGCUCGCUCAGAUCCCAUCAUUGGCCAAUGGCUUCCUGUCCGGAGGCACCAGCGAGGUUAUAGCAACGCCAGGCUGGGCUUCUUGGAAGAAGGCAAAACAAGGAUCGAGUAGGCUCCUUGGCAAGCUUGUUACUGCAUCACUCUUUGCACCACAUCUUAAAGAUUAUUUACUUAUCCACUUCCCUGUGUGUAUACCAAGCAAUGCACAUCUUCUACCCUAUACAUGUUCAACCUCACACCCUACUUUCAUUUUUCUCAUUAUCAAUGAUCCCUUUUCGUGAUUUUUUGCUGCUAUCACCCCGUAAGGAUCAUCAACAGCCUUUAAUAAUUUACUCAGUAGUAGCAAAGGAUUUCCCGAAG